AUGGCUCUGCCUCCGCUGAAUCCCCAAGAUGAUACUGAGGGGAUUGACAGCGUCCCCGAGCCGCUGUCGGGAGUAGUCGCCAGUGUCGUCCUCGCUAUGUUAUCUUUUGCCACCAUAUCGACUUUUCUAACAAAACGUUGUGUGCAAGUCCAGUCCUGGAACCGACUUGCAGCUGCGCAAUGGCUGGUCUUCGCCAUCUACAUCGACUCGUUCCUAUUCGUCUUCGCGACUUCAGUUCUCAAGUUCGGCUUCGGCGUUGAGUACUCGGCUUCUGCUUGUGAAGCGGCCAUCCUGCUCUGUCUCACAUGUUAUGUGACUAGCAAGCUUGUUUACAUGUUCAUGGUAGAGAGAGCGUACAUAAUACGGUCUGGCUACAAGACGCCGCGGCUCCGCUCUAAACUGUACAUCCUGAAUUCGUUCGGGGUAGGUGUGGGCUACGGCGUCGUGGCGGUGCUAAACUUCAUCUUUCGCAUUUCGAAGAUCCAGGACGGGCAGUGUAUCAUUGGCUUGGAGAGAGGGGCCAUAAUACCUCUUAUAGCCUUUGACCUCCUGGUCAAUAUUUAUCUCACGACUCUCUUUCUGAAACCGCUGUCCCAGUUCUACUCGUACAGCAGUCAACAGACGCCCUUCAGCAGACGGCUGAGAACUGUGGCGCUUCGAACCUUCAUUGGGUCCAUCUGCACGCUGGCAAGCAGUAUCACGCAAGUCAUCAUGCCCAUCAAUUUGACCGUGUUAAUGGCGCUGAACGGCGAGCGAGGCUGGCUCUGCAUUUUGUGUUGCAACAUUGACAUUCUCUUCUCCGCGAUCGUAAUCCAAUGGGUUACCUCCCCAGACAGCGCAUCCAGCUCAACAACGACAGCCAACGAGCGGCCUCCCGCAGACGUGGGGUCAGGAGGAGGUGGAGGAGUGAGACUCGCAAUGACACCUCUCAAGAGGGCAACGUCGGGGACGACAACAACAGCACCAUCUGGAACAGUGGCACCCUCGGGCGCAGCAUCCUCGGUCACGACAGCAGUGCCGCGCGACAACAACGACGGGCCCCGCGGUGGAGACGAUAUUAGUCCUAUUUCGAGUCCAGAUCUCGAAGCUACCCCCUUCAGCAGCGCAGGAGCCGUUGGGGGCGAUCCCAAUGCAGAUGGGAACUAUUUCCCGCAUGUGGCUUCGUCAGAAGCGGCGUCUAUAGCCCCAUCUUGCUCGAGGAAGAGAUCAAGAGGGGAGUCAGUGGGCCAAUAA